UUUAGUCUUCGAGAAAAAGCCUAUGCAAGCAAAACUUAGCUUUCAGUUCGUUUUUGUUAUCAUUGAUUUUUCUAUCAUUUUUACGUCCGGCGAGUAAGAAAGAUUGCGAAAGAAAUUUUGGCAUCGACUGCCUUACGUUAGUAACGAAUUAACAUGACUGCACUGGAAGCUUCAAACAUGGCGGACGCGCUCCAGGGUCAACCGAGCAAAACAAAAUCUAGAAAAGCUAGCCUUGGACUUACUUCGACCCGAAGCUUUUUCGUCAAGAAACCACCCCAAGCUCCCUUAAAUCAGCAGUCAGGAUAUGACAGUCUUAGACUGAGAAGUGGCAGUACAAUUCGGGACGAAGAGUUUUCAGAAGAAGCAGAGCUCAAACAAAACAGCCAAGCGGAAAUUGUUAAAUUGGAUAACACAUAUCGUGUGGGACCCGACCCGGCGAAGAAAUUCUCUCCCGGUAAACGUUAUCAUUUAUGGUCUAGUCUUGUUUAAUUUAAGUAUAAGCGUGGUGAUGCAAUCUUAUUUUGUCUUUUUUAUUAAGAUUAUUUAUGUUAACUUUCUGUGGCGUGAUGCCAGGGAAGUGAUAUUGGUCUUGUGCACAACUUCCUCAUUAUAACACAUCUUUCCGUUCCUCUCUCCUGUAAGAAGGAACAACCACGUUGACUGACAAUGGGAAGAGAUCACGUGGCCCCACUUUGCCUAAAAAAACAAUAUAACCCUGAUGAUUUUUGUGGAUUUUAAAAAUACAGGGCACUCUCAGGAUGGAUUCUUUAAGCAAAAAUAUUCUGCGAAAGACGAAAAUGUGAAAUAGACUUUAAAAUCCAUGAAGAAAAAAAAAACAUGGAAAAGUUAGAUAAAAGUAUAAAUUAAAAUUGGAAAAGAAAGUUGUGAUUAAUAAUUUUUAUCAACGUUGUCUCGGCAGUAGUAAAUUUAAUCCAAUAGAGAAAACUCUCCUUAUCUCUUCUCACGAUGUUACUUUAAAGAGCGUAUGGAGAUGGUAUAUUUUUAGCAUUGUAAACAGCGGAAAGGUCUCAAAUAAAAUCUAAAUAUGAGUUUUUUACUCAUCACCCUCUUAAGACAAAACAUUAAUGCCAUGUUCAAAAUCCCAAAAUGCAUCUUGAUAUGAAUAAAUAUAAUGGUUUUAUAUAAAUGAAAUACUUAUGAAAAUAAGUGCAAUUGAAACAGCUGAUAACAGAUUAGUUUUAAUCAUCAGAAAAUUGAAAUUGAGCUCACUUUAUGAUGAUCUCUUCCUGUCACAUACAGUACGUUUUAAUUUCUUGUUGGUCUUAAACUGUAAAGUUGUAUAUCUCAGUUUUAUUUAUCCACCUCUACGAUUCCUUCACAGUUGCUGCUAAGAGAAUUGCAGAAGAAGUGUUGGCCAAUAGACUCGCAAAUGUGAGCUACGAUCCGAAUUUGUGUCGGGAUUUAACACUGCAAAUCUCGGAAGAAGUAAAAUCUCAAGUCAAACUGCUCGGCUUCGAUCGAUACAAGAUCGUGUGUGUGACGCACAUUGGUCCGAAGAUGGGCCAAUCGAUUCGGAUCGGAAGUUUGUGCUGUUGGGACGAGAAAGCCGACAACUUUGCGGAAUGUAGCUUUAUUAACAACUCUCUGUUUGCUGUGGUCUUAGUAUUUGGCGUAUAUCAAGAAUAAAUACAACAAUCACAAUAUGUGACAAUACUUGAAGUGAUUUGAUAUAGCGUGAAGAAUUACUGUCGGUGUUAAGAUAAAAGUUUGCUAACACAAGAAGCCAAUUCUAAUCUUAUUCUGGAAAUUCAUGACAUCCUCUCUCUCUAUAUGAAGAGUAUGCCAAUAAUCUUGGACAGAAAUAAAGGUGACAUAAAUUCUAAAAUCAUAAACGAAGCCUUAUAGAGGCCGCUGACGCGAU